AUGUCCUUGUUGACCCAAGUUGAUCCAUACAAGCCGCUGGCUCUCCAAACGCGAGUGAAGCUCAGCACCGAGGCACCCUUCACGCCCACAUAUAUUCAGGCCUCACUCACCCAAUCAGGAGAUCCACAGGGAAUAUACACAAAUCGUGUUAAGAAUAGGCACAUCGUCCUAGAAAACCCUGCUCGUGCCAGCAACGCACAGAAAGAACACAACGCAAAGAAAGCAAGAAGGGAAUUGGAAAAGAGGAAGAGAAAAACUGCUGCGCUAGGACGGAGACCAGCAGACGCAAAAGGUCUCUGGAAACUCGAGAAUGGGGCAGAAAAAUUUGAUCUAUUCCUCCCACUCCAUCAGUUAUGGAUGGGAUACAUGUCCGAACUCUUAGGGCUCUCGCCUCCGUCUUCCGUUCCAGUCACCGAAGCAAUGCCCAGCGCAUCAUCAAUGCACCCAAAGUUGGUGAAGGCCGACUUCCACGGUUCUCUAUUAACAGUUCGUCAGAGCAAGAAUCCUUGUUUAGUCGGCCUGUCUGGUAUCGUGAUCCACGAAACUGAGAACGCUUUCAAAGUAAUCACUCGCAAAGAUCAACUCAAACUGAUUCCAAAACAGAACUCAAUCUUCACGCUGGCGGUUCCCUUAUACUCUACAUUGCUCCAAACGCAAUUCGAGCCAGUAGAAGCUGUCGGCUCUGCGCUGAGUGGUCAAUGUUCAGGAACUGUCCUGGAUGCUCCGCAUAUCGCUUUCGAUCUGUAUGGCAAUCAGUUCUGUUUUCGAUCUGCAGAUCGUGCGGGCCGGAAGUUCAAGGCAAAGGAAACAAUAGAGUUAUAA